AUGACAUAUGCCCUCAGCCUGAAGGCCUGGCAGCGGGUGAGAAGCCAGGGCCCCCCUGAGGUGCUGGUGCGCACAGAAACCAGAGACGCAGAGUUCAACAGAGCCCAGGCUGGGAGGUACCUACUGGAGGAUUUUCCCACGGAAGCCGUCGUAAAGGUCACAGUGACAGGGCUCCAGAAGCAGGAUGAGGGGCUGUAUCAGUGUGUAAUCGACCUCUCUCCUCAGGACCCCUUCAUCCUGCAUGAUCGAAUUCGGCUGGUUCACUGUGGUGCAAAGUAG